AUGCUUCCCUCGAAGCCCCCGCCGUUCCGCCCGCCGAAUCGAGCGCCUCAACCGUCCGCUCCUCGACCUCGGCUGGACGACGCGCAACCAAGUGAGACGGCGCCGCCGAACCGCAGACCGACUGCUCCGCCACAGGUCUUCCCGCUCUCGCAGGUCCCGGUCGCGCCUCGAGCCGAGAGGGCAGGAGUACCGCCGCGAACUGUGGGAGGAUGGGCCUCUUCGCCGUCGACUGGUGGGGGAACGGGUGCGAAUGCAGUGAGGAAACCGGGCCAGACUACGGUGGGCGGCUGGGCGCAGCCAGGAGGAAGCGCGAGACCAGGAGGUCCUCCUCAACCGGCGAAUGGUCGAGACGGCGGGUCAUCUGCUCCUCCUGGGCGUAAUGCGUACGCGACAGGCGCCAAUGGCGUCGUUGCGGCACAACCUGGACGUGCAAGCGGGUCGGGAGGAGUUGCCGCAUCAACCGGAUACCUCGCAUCAACCUCGACUUCCUCGCAACCUGUCUCUGCCACGCCCAUCCCUGUUCCCGCCAACCCUCGUUCUACUCUCUACGUCACUCAACUCCCCUCCACCGUCACAGAAACCGAUCUGCGCGCCACGUUCUCACCUUACGGCAACCUCGUUCGCGUCUCCCUUCGCACGCAAGCGCCCGUCUUCGCCCACAUCGUCUUCUCCUCGGCCCACGAAGCUCUCUCGGCUCUCGAAGCGCUCGACGGCCGACAGCCGACACUUCUUUCACCCGCCUCGAGUGCUGAAGCCGGUUCGAGCAAGGGGAUGAAGAUUGUGUUCGCGGAGACUUCGGACGAACGCGAGGCGAGACGGGUCUCGGGCGGCGGAUCUACACCCGCAGGUCUCUUCCGCGUUCCGGAGACGCCAGAACCGAGCCAGACACAACUCAAGCAGGAUCCGAGCCCGCAGAAGGCGCAACCCGCGGCCCCGGCGCCUACGAAUGCUCCACCUGCUGCGCUGGAGCCCGCGGUGCAGGGUACGGAGAACGGCGCCGUACCGGAUGGGCAGAUUGGAAUGCCUACCGGAGACUGGGCUCAGAAGGAAAACGCCAGCAAAAUCGCACCACCAGCUCUUCACUACCAGCAACACGCCCUUCCCUCGCGAGGAUACGGCUACCGCGAGGCUAAGAAAGGCCGCAUCACGUAUCUCUGCACCUACGAACUGCCGCCGGAAGCGUUCGCGGCGGCGAGUGAGGACGUCGAGGCCUUCGCCAAGUCCUUAGAGCCACAGGUCGCGGCUUCCGGCGGGAUGAGCGUGUUCAAAGCACAUCUCGGCCACAAGGACGACCCGCGAACCCGGCAUACCAUCAAAAUACGCUUCGUCGUCCCGCCCGAGACGGUCAUGCAGCUUUCGCGCGAACGCAAGCCGUCGGAGAAGCAGAAGCAAAAGUCAAAGGAUCGAGCAGCGGCGCACUAUGCCAAGAAGGUUGCAGAGGGUGCGGCUGCUCAAGCCGCAGCUUCUCGACCGGCUGCUGGAUCAGGCGAUGGACACGCGAACGAAGGAGCUGCGGACGCAGACGGAGAUGGCGACGUUGCGAUGGACGUCAAGCCGGAUGUGCUCAGCGAAGCUGCCCUAAUGACGGUCCAGCCGGCUCCCCUUCGAAUCCCGGCAACACCUCCUCCAGCUGUCCCUCGGCCCGUCGAGACGCAGGUGUCCGCCUACGCCGCUCCUCCGCCGGCGCAAUCAACCGAGCCGACCGUCACCGAAACGCUCGACGACGACGGCAUCAUAUCCCUGCGCAUACCUGUCCCUCCGUCCGCCCUCACCGCUCCGGACGCCGCCCGACAGAAGCGGUCGUUCCUCGUCUCGCAAGUCAAGAGACUUGGUGCGGAGGGAAAGAUCGUGCUUGGCAGCCGGAUUGAAGGCGACUCAGUCGUCGUGAGCUUCAUGCAGGACGAGGAGAGCCAGGGCCGGGUGGCGGAGGCGCAGGUCGAGACUGCGGGCGCGGCUCCUGCUCGAGCCGAUUCCGUCGUACGUGCGGAGGAGCCUGUUCGCUUGGACGAGGAUGUCAAGCCAGUCAUCGAGCGCGCGCCCGAACCUCCUCGACCUGCGCAACCCGAGGAGCUCCGACAGCUUCAGCCUGUUACGCCACCUCGACAAGACGAGCCGCAGCAGAUGGACGUUGACGACGAGGUCGACCAGCUUGCGACGCCUACACCAGAACCGGAUCUCGCGCGCUUCCCGUUGCCGAUCAUGCUGUCGAGCCGUGCGGACACGAAGGAGACGUACGAGAUUGUCAACAGCUUCGUCCAGGAGUACUUCCGCCGUUUCGACAGCGCACGGAGCUCGCUCGAGCUCAUGUACACGCCCAACGCUACCUUCUCCCUCCGAGUCGACGCCAAGACGCCCGCUCGCCUCCCCUUCCCGCCAAUACCUUUCGCGAAAAGCUGGCUCGUCAACGCCGGCAAAGUCGCCUCGACGCCAACGGCAAUCACGAACGCCAUCCGCCUCCUCCCGACGGGCUCGCACGACCUCGGCCGAACCGUCUUUACAGCCCGCUCCAUUCCCGAGCUGCAGGUCAAGAGCCGCUCGCCGCCUCCAAUCGUCCUGCACCUCGUCGGCGAUUACGAGGAAUUUCCGGAGAAGACGAUCCGCCUCUUCAGCCGCACCUUCGUCAUCGUGCCAAAGAGUCGCGCGCAGGGCGUGAACGGUGCCGAGAAGACCGAGUUUUGGGUCCACUCGGACCAGCUCACCGUCUCGCACAAGGUCCCUGGCGAGCCGUUCUCGCUGCCGGUUCUGCAGACUCCCUUCUCGCCGUCUCGCUACCCUUUCAUCGCACCCGCGAACUCCACCUCCGCAAGCUCUACGACUGCCGCGUCCGCCGUUCGCGCCCAGCCUGUUCCGCCUUCAGCACAACCGGUCGCCCUUCCGGCACCUGCUCCAUCACGACCCUUCUCACAAUUCCAGCCGCAUCCCGGCAUGGCUCGCCUGCAAGCGCCCGAAUCCCCUGCCCAGCCAGCCCAACCAGUCGCCGGUCCUUCGUCGGUCGCUGCGCCGGUCCCUGCGCCGCCAGUCGCGCAGACAGCACCUCAACCUGCCGCAGUCCCACCUCCUUCGACCUCUCGCGCUUCGUCCGCCCAUCAGCAUGCAGCAGCGCCGCAGCCUCAGCCUCUAUAUCAAGAACCCGCGCCAGCGCAGCACUCGCUUCAUACCGAACAGCCAGGCGAUGUCAUGGUUCUCUCCGACUCGUCCACCUCCGUCUCUCCCGAAGUCGAGCGUCGUCCUUUGUCGAGGCCUUCGAAGACGAGUCUCGGCAAGCGCCCGGCGGUCGAGUAUCGUUCGGAUGCCGACUCGGGCUCGAACCAGGAGCGGCGGAAGAAGAAGACAGACAGCAUGCGUGCGACGACGUCAGCGAUUCAGCGCGUGACAGAGUCUGCAGCGGCGGCGGGUCAGGCGCCGUCGGCGGACGAGCUGAGGCGACUGGUUCAGCAGGAAGUCGCGGCUCAACUCGCUGCUCGCGGCGGAUCUACCUCGGCCAGGUCAACAGAUGACGAGGAGGCUGCCUUGCCUGUGGCGACUGCCAAGCGUCAGCCUGCAAAGGAGAAGGAUCGUCGUGUCGAUAAGGCGGCGAAGGUCAAGGCGAAGCAGGUGCAGAAGGAGAAAGCGAAGCAGGUGGAGGCCCAGGAGCCAGACCUCGGUACGGGUCUCGGCGUCGACGACGGUCGCAUCUUGCUGCGCACGCAGUCUCACUCACAGCUGCAUAGCUUCGACGGCCGCUCGAACAAGCUGCGGCACAUGAUCGACACAGGUCCCUCUUUCGUCGCCGUCUCACACAUCGGCGACAUCGUCCAGUUCAGCUGCCCGCCCCACACGCUCACUUCGACAGUCGAGAAGCUCUGGACCUCGAAGGACGACACGUUCCGCGUCGAUGACUUUGCCUGGUCAGACUCGAAGGACACGCUCAUCGUCGGCUACCUCGGCGCGAAGGAAGGGAGGGAGACGGUCAAGCCGCCGAGCCAGGUCGUGCUCUUCAAGCGCGAGCAGGACAGCAGGCUCGGCGCGAGGCUCAUCGAGACCAAGGUUCCGACGAAGCCGCACACGCUUGGCGGCGUGACGGCGUUGACGACUCUGCCCGGUACCGGCCGCCUGCGCUUCGUGACAGGAGGGGAGGACAAGAAGAUCUUCCUCUGGACUCGCUCGCGCGCGACGCAAGAGAUCACCGCCGUCAACAUCCGCUCCGAGCACUCGUCGAUGAUCACGAGCCUUGCGCCGCUCGCUGGCGAGGAGAACCGCAUCAUGUCCAGCGGGAAGGACAAGCGGGUCUUCGUCUACGACGUCGACAACCAGCAUUCGACGUGGCAAGCGCUGCUCGACAAUCCGGUCAUGACCGUCGACCCAGUUCUUCAAGAUCCCCACCUUCUCCUCGCUCGUAUGGGAUCGCCCUCGAACCAGUUUGCGGUCUACGACAUCCGCCGUCCCGCCGGCUCGAAGGCGGUCCUCACCUUCGGCUACGACCUCGCCCCGCACCGUACGUCCUCCGGCGCCCUUGCUCCGACCAACAUGGGACGCUACCUCCGCGGCUCGCAGUGCGAUACCGUCUUUGCGUUCCCUGACCACGAGACGGGCGUCAAGCUGUGGGACCUCCGCAACGUUCGCACUGCGCAGACCUCGUCGAACCUCAAGCAUCAGGACCUCCAGGCCGUCGGGCGGUCCAAGGUCGUCUCGACCGUCUUCAAGAGCCGGAGCGAGUUGUGCACGAUGGAGAUGUCGCAUUUUAAUCGCAUCGGCAUCCGUGGCUGA